AUGACUAGCCACUACUUACUACAUGGCACACCCAGCGGCCAUGUCGGCCUAGAAACACUGUCGGCCGAGCUUCUGUCUCUGAUUGUGGAAGACGAUUGCCUGAGCCUGGAAGAUCUGGCUGCCUUACGGCUGACUUGCUCCUCCUUGAAUGAUGCUGCUUCGGCAGUGCUCUUUCGGCGCAUCUACAUCUCUCCCUUGGUACAGGAUCGCACCUCCUUUCUUAAGAUUUGUCACUCGCCUCGCCUCGCACAGCACGUACGUGAGGUUGAAUGGUUUGAACGUCCCUGGUUCCCUGGUUAUUUCGAGAACUAUCUGCCCUACCCGUAUGGCUUGCGAGGCACAGAUUAUGAUUCGGAGACCGAAGAAUCGACCGACGAAUCUGAAGUUGAUGACGAAACAGAAACCGAGUUCACAGCCACGAUCGAUGAUAUAGGAGUCAUGCGACCAGGCGUUCUGGCUCCCUGCUUCCCAAGUGCUGUCCUGUCGGCUAUUUUCGAAACCGAGACUACCGUGGAGCCUGAUGAAGGCGUUCUGCUGCUGUGCACUGAAGCCGUAAAUAGCUUCAAAUGGGCGUUCAGUAAAGCGCUCGCCCUGUUGCCCAAUCUUCACACCAUGGCCUCACGGCCGAUGCCCCGACGUCGGGUCAUUGGGGGCUGCUAUUACCCAAUGACAGCUGGUCAUUUCCAAGUACGACUACCUGGGCGUUGGGAAUCUCCUUGGAACUGGAGCAGUGACGGGCUGUACUUGUUCAUAUUGCCGGCCAUGGCUACAUUGGCCCGUCCAUGCGACGGCUAUCAGUUCGACUUAUUGGUGAUUGUCCACGGCAUCAGCCAUCUGAUUCCGGAAAGCAAGCUCCUUGGUUACCUGAACAACCAGAUCAUUCCUGAAGGCGAAGAUGUCGAUAUGUGUACCUUUAAGGACCAGCAAUUUGAGAAAAUCGUCGAUGAUGACGAUGAGUUUGAUCUUGAAGUCGGCAUUUACUAUGAAGAGAAUCAAUUCCGCAUGUUUGAGGAUGACUGCCCAAAGUUUUUAGCCACGAGACCCGUCCAUUUUGGGAUUGGCGGCACUUCUUUUGAUGACGACGAGUUUGAAAUCAAGCAGGCCUACAAGAGUGGCUAUAGUGACGACCAGACUGAACUUGAGCUCACUGACGACAUAUCUGUUACCGAGUCGGAGGAUAGUGUGACGGAACGAAUACGCAAUGGGCCUAAAUGGUUCUGGCGCCGUUACCUUCAUCGACGUGCUAUUGAGGGAGAAAUAUAUUUUAUGCAGGUCGAUGACAUGCACCCUCAAGGAUGGCCCACCACAAUCUGGAAAUUCACUAGCCGGGAGGGUCUCGUGUACUAUGGCCAUGACCCCUUGGAGGCCUUUGAGGAAUGGGACACGGAACAAGGCGAUCUGGAACAAGCAACCCCAUAUGGAAGAGAUAUGGAACUGGCCAUUUGCCAAAACCAUGAAAGGCCUCCAGAGGGUGCGUGGCUUUAUGAUGUUUCCGAGGCUAGGAGGGCUCGAGAAUGGGGACACCAGCUUAAGCGAUUGGAACCGGGAUGA